AUGUUCUGGUCGUCGUCGACGGGCGUCGUGACGCGGGCGACGACGCCUAUUAGCCGCACGAUGUCGGGCGAGGACAGCGAGAUCACCAGCGGCGCCACGACCACGUCGGUCGCGGCCACCAGCGCCGCCGUAGCCGCGGCUGCCACCGCGCUCAUCCGGGCCCACGCCACCCAGCAGCUGCGUAAGCGGCGACGCUCGCAGUCGGCCCCGCCGCCGCGCGACCAGGCCAUCAUCGUGGCCCGCAACGGGCGACAGGUCCGGCGACAGUGCGACGACGUUGACGACAACAGCGACUACGAGAGCCGAGCGCCGGCGAUGGCGCUGACAACAACGUCGAGCGCCGGGACGUCGUCGCCGUACUCGUCGCCGAUGGCGGUGUCGUCCCCACAGAGCUGCGUGGAGCAUUGCUACGGGCAGUCGGCCACGACCUCGUCGCCACCGACAUCGCCCACGGGCGCCUCGCGAACGAGCACCACCAAGCGCUCGGACAUCUACGGCCUUCUCAACUGA